CUCUGGCUCUCUCUCGCUCUAAUCCUCUCCCUCUCCCUCUCCCUCUCUCUCGCGCGCGGGCGCCCUCAUACCCUCCCUCUCCUCUCUCUCUCUUCCUCUCGAUCUCUCUCCUUCCUCUCCCCCUCUUCCUCUCGAUCUCCCUUCCCGCUCUCUGUCUCUCUCCACAGAUCCCCUUAUAGGACCGUCCGUCUCUAGCUAGGUUGUGGGGUAGAACGCAAUCCUAAUCUCGUGGUACAAAGCCCUGGAAGAUUCUUUCCUUCCGUGGGAUUUUCUUCCUCUUCCAUCUCCAUCGUUUUCUGCUCGAUUUCAGAGAAAAAAUGGCGGAUCAGCUCACGGACGAUCAUAUCUCUGAGUUGAAGGAGGCGUUUAGCAUGUUUGACAAGGACUGAGGCGUUGUCUGUCACUUAUGCUGGGAUUUUAGUGUGGCCAGGAGUUGAGAUGAUUAACUUCAGUCUUGUCACACACUAAUUAAUGUGAGGGGAACAAUGGAGACUGAUAUUCGGCGUUCUUUCUCUUCAAGGGCAACCCGCAGAACAGACCGAAAUAAUCAAAGCCAGAAAAACAAAGAUGUUGAAGAUGGUUUUCUUUUUUCAGGCAGGUUCUCCCAAGAUGUUCCAAUGAAGAUUAUUUGGAAGAGGGGUUUUAUACGAUUGGCUCUUGUGGGAGGCAUCCUAUGGAUGUUACUCAUUCUUGUCGCAUUAUUAUUUCACGUAUGGUCAUGCCAAUCUUCCAUUGCUUUCAUUUCAGGUAUUUGUAGAAAAGACAGCAAGGUGUUUAUCAUGUUGGACAAUAUGGGACUCAUUCCGAAACAACACCGUUGUCCAAUUCCUGUCAUGGAUGAUCCGAAUUCCAUAGUCAUUCCUGAGAGAGGAGUUCCCGACACGAUUCCUCAGAAGCUAUCAUAUUAUUUGGUGGACGAGCAUGUAAAGGCUGAACCCCAGUCUCCUCCACUAUUUGGAGGGCAUCAAAGCUGGAAGCAAAGAGAAGAUAGCUUUAAACUGAAUUCAACCAUGAAGGUGCACUGCGGUUUCAUGCAAAAUGGGGGUGCAGAGAUGGAUGCUGUAGAUGUCAAAUAUGCCAAGAAAUGUAGAUUCGUGGUUGCCUCUGGCAUUUUUGAUGGUUAUGAUACGCCCCAUCAACCUUCGAAUAUAAGCCUCCGUUCCCAAAAACUUUUUUGCUUUCUUAUGGUGGUAGACGAAAAGUCCCUUGAUUUCAUCAAGCAGAAUGUUAGCGUCAGAGAGGACAGGCACGGUGGCAAAUGGGUUGGUAUUUGGCGAAUCGUGGUGUUGCACCAUCCUCCAUAUGAUGAGCCCAGAAGGAAUGGGAAGGUCCCAAAGAUUUUAACCCACAGGCUAUUUCCGGAGGCUCAGUAUACCAUCUGGAUCGAUGGGAAGAUGGAGCUUAUAGUUGAUCCAUUGCUUAUUCUUGAAAGGUAUCUCUGGCGUGGGAAGCACACGUUCGCUAUUGCGCGCCAUAAACACCACCAAAGUAUUUAUGAGGAGGCUGAUGCGAUCAAAAGAAGGAAGCGCUAUGCUCGGCCGCUGAUCGAUCUUCACAUGAAAAUAUACCGUUACGAGGGAAUGGAACCAUGGAAUCCAAUGAAAAAUACACUCAGUGAUGUGCCAGAGGGGGCUGUCAUCAUACGGGAGCACACUGCCUUAAAUGAUCUUUUCAGCUGCCUGUGGUUCAAUGAAGUCAAUCUCUUCACCCCGAGGGAUCAGCUAAGCUUUGGCUACGUUGUGUACAGUUUUGAAAGUUGCUAUACGAUGGCAUCGAAGGAUCUUCGAUGUCUGUCAAUGCCAUCGAAGGUCUCAUCAAGCACGCAUGUAAGUGGGGGAUUUGUUUCCCAUUAUGGUUAUAAAAGUAUAUACAUUGGGUGUAAUCAGAAUUAUGAUGUGAUUAAAAUGUAUUAGGGCUUUCUAAAAUGUUCCCAAGGGUUUAAGGGCAUAGUUAGGGUUUGAAGGAAAUUCGAGAUUUGUUCAAAUUUGUAAGAUUGUAAUUAUGCUUCUACAAUGCAUUAUUUGUCGCUUUGUGUC